AGGUCAUUGAGAAAGGAGAGAACCGAGGCCUAGAGCGUGCCCUCCAUAGCAAUGCUCCGCCUGUGCCUGAGGCUCCGCGCCCCGGCUCGCUCUGUUUUAUCCGGUCGGAGCCAAGCUGCGUCGACAUGUCGGUACCGAAGGCUUCAUUUGGGACCCGUGAACCGGCUGAGAGGCUUGGUCGGGUCUCCGGCAAAUGUUCCAGCAGUAAAGGGAGCUUUGAGGCAGGGAACAGCCUCUGGAAGGAGAUGGUACAGCCUACCUCCCCACCAGAAGGUGCCUUUGCCUGCCUUGUCUCCCACCAUGCAGAUGGGAACCAUAGCUCGCUGGGAAAAGAAAGAAGGUGAUAAAAUUAAUGAAGGGGAUCUAAUUGCUGAGGUUGAAACAGACAAGGCCACCGUGGGUUUUGAGAGUCUGGAGGAGGGUUAUAUGGCUAAAAUUCUUGUGGCAGAAGGAACAAGGGAUGUGCCCAUUGGCUCAGUUAUUUGCAUUACUGUGGACAAACCAGAGUUUAUUGACGCUUUUAAAAAUUACACACUGGACUCCACGGCUGCAACUCCACCAAGUGUGUCAGCUGCUACACCAUCACCACCACCUCCUCCUGCAGUUCAAGCCCCGGGUAGCACUUACCCCAACCAUAUGAAAAUCUGUCUGCCUGCACUUUCUCCAACCAUGACCAUGGGUACAGUGCAAAAGUGGGAAAAGAAGGUUGGUGAGAAGCUCAGCGAGGGAGACCUUCUGGCUGAAAUUGAGACAGACAAAGCUACUAUAGGAUUUGAAGUGCCAGAAGAAGGUUAUUUGGCUAAAAUUCUUAUCGAAGAAGGCACACGUGAUGUACCUUUGGGCACCCCUCUUUGCAUUAUUGUUGAGAAAGAAUCAGACAUUGGCAGCUUUGAAGAUUACAAAGAGUUAACUGGAGUAGCUGAUAUAAAACCUCAGCCUGCAGCUCCCACCCCAACUGCAGCUCCACCACCUGUCCCACAAGUAGCAGUGCCUCCCCCUGCUCCUACACCCAGCACUGCUCCUUCAGCUCCCAAAGGAAGGGUGUUUAUAAGUCCGCUUGCCAGAAAGCUUGCUUCUGAAAAAGGAAUUGAUAUAAAGCAAGUGAAAGGAAGUGGGCCAGAAGGAAGAAUUACAAAGAAAGAUAUUGACUCAUUUGUUCCUCCCAAAGCUGCUCCAGUUCCUGCUGCAGCCCCAGCCCCUGCAGUUGCUGUACCAUCUCCAGCUGUGGCUGCUGUUCCCAGUGGAGUCUUCACGGAUGUGCCUAUUAGUAAUAUUCGCAGGGUAAUUGCUCAGCGACUCAUGCAGUCCAAGCAAACCAUACCACACUACUAUUUAUCUAUUGAUAUAAAUAUGGGAGAAAUCGUACAGCUGCGAAAAGAGCUCAAUGAGGUUACCAAGGCUGACAACAUUAAACUAUCCGUUAAUGACUUCAUUAUUAAAGCAUCGGCUCUGGCAUGUCUGAAAGUCCCAGAAGCAAACUCCUCCUGGUUGGACACUGUAAUUCGACAACAUCAUGUGGUUGAUGUAAGUGUGGCAGUAAGCACCCCAGUUGGUCUGAUAACUCCUAUUGUGUUCAAUGCCCAUACCAAAGGGCUGGCAACCAUUAGCAAAGAUGUGCUGUCUCUAGCUACCCGGGCACGAGAAGGCAAGUUGAAACCUCAUGAAUUUCAAGGUGGAACCUUCACUGUAUCCAACUUGGGAAUGUAUGGAAUCAAAAACUUCUCCGCAAUAAUUAACCCACCCCAGGCCUGCAUCCUCGCUGUGGGAGGGUCAGAAAACAGACUGAUACCUGCAGACAAUGAAAAAGGCUUUGAUGUUGCCAGUAUGAUGUCUGUUACAUUAAGCUGCGAUCACCGUGUUGUGGAUGGGGCAGUCGGAGCACAGUGGCUUGCAGAAUUCAAAAAAUUCUUGGAGAAACCAACAACAAUGCUGCUUUAAAUA